UCUAUCCGCUUGCCUGGCCCGAGCCGCACUCCCUCUGGCACUUCCCUUCAAACUCCCUCUUCCUCUCAGAUUCGCAUCCCAGAAUCAGGUGGCAAACCUCGCAGCAGAAAAACUUCACAGGAUAAUGCCGAUUUGCUCGACGCCUCUGACCCCUGGGGUACUCACUGGCAUCACCAGUCCCCGUACGAUACAGGCACAAAUAUAAGUCCCGUCUCAGUCGACCCUCCCGAGGGUCGCUCUCGUUCUCGUUUAUCAAGCAUGAAUGGCACACCGACUCGUCGUAAGACAGUCACCCCAUCUCCAUUAUCUCAAUCUACAUCCGCACUGCACACUCAACCAUCUGAACCGAACAUCACCCGUAAACUCAGUAAACGCCGAAAACCCGUGUUGGGCAACCUGUUCAGUGGACAGGACUCGUUACAAGUGCCGGAUACAUCUGCGCGUCGUCACUCCACUAUUUUGCCCACCUCCGUGCCUAAUACAUCCACUGUAGCUCUAUCAACGCAUUCUUCAAAGAAGGAGCGACGAACAAGUGUCUUAGGUCGACUGGUGAGGAAGUUCAGCAUGUUGACCAAGUCUACUCAAGACGUGGGACCUACCAUCAGCGAACGAGCAGAGGAUGAAGUUGCUGCACCUUCUGAGCCUCGCCGCUCUUUUUUCUCCCAACGACAGCCUUCUCCAGAGAAGGAGAAGAAGCACUCGGAUCCAUCCAAGCGUGUACCGCCGCCACAGAUAGAAAUUGACUUACAGACAACGGAAGGGUUGGGUCCUUCGCCAGAAUUGGAGCGCGAGAUACCCGACUAUCGGUCCUCUAUCUCGUUGGAGGUGCCAUUUUCACCUGGACGGUUGACGAUAGCAAACCCAGAUGCGCCGAGUACGGGAGGGAGUACGCCGAUCAGGCUAAGCCUUGCGUUGCCGCCUGAGGACUCCCCUCACAUAAGUGUUUUACCGCUACUGCAGCCCGUGCAGCACCGUCACGAUAGGAACCCCAGCAGGGAGUCGGUGGCUCAUCCCACUAGCAAGACAUCGCCUGUCAAACGCAAAAGCCCUGCGCCUGCACCUUCACUCUCUGUUCCUGAUGCGGUUCGCUCUCCCGCGAGUGUUCAGUCACUACCACCGUUAUCCACCCAUCGCCGCGCCCCGUCUAUUCCCUCUUUGUCGAUGGGCGCGCCUUCCUUGUUGACCUCGCCCGUGGCAGCCCCGGAGGUCAAAACAUUUCAUGCUUACUCCUUCGCCACCGCCGCCAUUGUAUCAACGUCGGAUGACUCGCCCUUGUCUAGGGCAUCAAUCCUUGUCAACCCACCUACACCACAUAACCCUGACGAGUUACACCCAGACCUUCCAUUUGAAUUGCCUGAAAUCGAAAGGAUACCGAGCAGGGCACCCUCACGGGAGACAUCUCCCGUCAAGAAGGGCGAUGGUGAAGUACGCAUGGCCAAGUCAAACUCCACAACGAGCCGGAAGACGGAGACGUUCAAGUUGGUGAGGAACCCGUCUGAUAAGGUUUCAUCGUUUGAUAAUACUAUCACUGCUGAGGGUGAGCAAUGGACUGUCGUCAAUUCUUCUGACGCUCCUCGCCGGAGGCGGACAAGGGAGAAGCCUGUAGAAAAGAGCGAAAGGGUGGAAAGGGUAGAAAAGCCAUCGUCGCGGUCUUCAACGAAUUACUAUGAGAGCGAGAGGGUCGAAAAGCCGUCGUCGCGGUCAUCGACGAAGGAUCGCGAGAGCAGUAGGAGGGAUCAACGAAGGCAGGAUAGAGCUGCUCAUGAAGCUGUUGAGAACCAGAGACGUGCGGGUAGUAGUAGUCAAGGUCAAACGAAACGGGCGAAACCAGAAACAGCCGACUCCGGUACCCUCUUGGAACGUCCUUCGCGAGCGCGUAGUUUCGAUACCACCUCCCGUACGAGCGUUAAUCAGCCGAUGGUGUUUAUGCUUCAAGGCGAGCCACCUCGUCAGCGCAAGAGCGAUGACCGGCCACGCGACUCCCACAACCCAAAGCCCAUCCGACCUGCUCCGAGUCCUAUUUCUGGUAUCGCACAUGUCGAACGCAUGCCUUCAAACACAACCCGUCCAAUUUCGGAACUCCCAUCUGCUGCAGAUAUGAAUGCCCUUCGCGCACGCGAGGCAUGGGAAAUGGAUCGCUUAUGGAAGGGCAGAAGCAUGAAUCACCAGGAGUCCAACAUGAUUGCCUCGCCGUCCAGUCGCGAUUCACCGCAGGUCAACGGAGAGUUCAGAGUAGAUGCCUCUGGGCACGGUUCGAGUCACACGUCGUACCUCGUUCAGCCGCUCCAAGCACAUCCUAUGCCCGCGAGCGUGUUUUAUGCCAACAUGCCUUCUGCGCCUCCCCCAAUUAUCUACACUGCAUCGUCCCCGUAUGGACAGGUGCUUCAUCAGGCCUCCCACCAGUCUGUUUACCGAUCCCUCCACAACUCUUUCACGUUCCCUUCUACAGAGCCCCCAGCAGACUCUCCUCGCCAGAACCCUUUACCACAUCCCCCUCGUGAAUCAUCCUAUCAACCCGCAUACUUGUCAACGCUUGCAGAUCGAGGCAGUGGAACUUCCUUGGAUUAUUGGACGAACAAGUAACUUACCCACUCGUACCCCUCACCUUGAUAUACCACACUGCGCAUGCUCAACAUCACGCAUUUCAGCGUUCAGAUACAAGUACUAAUUUAGAUCAUACUGCAAUCUGUUUUUCUUCAUUUCUUCAAUGCCCUUGGG